UGGGAGAUUUGGCGCGAGCUGGAGCGUACUGCGAGACAACGGGAUCGAGCUUGUCGGUCGCUCUGGGUCGUGUUUCAGGCGGAAAUGUUCGCUAUAUUGAUGGCGGCCAGAGAGGCGCUUCGGGUCCACCACGGUAGCAGGUGAGUAUUCUUCUGCUCUGGCAGUAGGGCUACACUUAUGGCGCUAAAAUCAGUAUGCAUACAUUGCUUUUUGAUAAAGGAGUGCAAAGGGGUAGUGAGAUAAGUGGCCGAGGUGAGGACUGUCACUUUUGUCAGCGGAAUGGGAGCCAGGGAAGGCUCCUCGCACAAUCAUAUGGGACCAGAGCCCCGCUUGGGGAUUGCCCCGUGCGUGAGGCGGGAAGCUCUUAAACUUGGGUGAGAGAACGAGCCGUGGUGGGAUGGAAGGUUACCCCGGGAAUGAGGCACGCAGGCAGCUACUUGGACUGCUCAGAAUGGAGUGUGGAGCACACCCAAAAGAUAUUUUUUGUAAUAAAUUAAAUUUUACACCUUUUAAUAAUAAUAAUAAAUAGACUAAAUCUUAACUCAGAAUGAGAAUGGUGCGAGACUAUGUGUUUUCUGUGCUUUUAUAUGGAUGUAAGUGUUGGGCCCUUUAUCCUUGCUCCGUCUUCUUCGAAUUCCCUGGGCACAGAAAGUGAGAAACAUACAUAUCAUGAGAGGCCCAAAAUACGAAAUCCUACGUUUAAUUAUUGAGGGUAAAAUAAAAGGUAGAAGAUCUAUUGGAAGAAGACAGAAUUCUUGGAUGAAAGACAUGCGAAGAUGGUUUGGAUGUUCGUCAAAUGAUAUUUUCAGAACAGCAGUUUCCAAAGUUUGUUUACUUAGAUGGAUCGCUAACCUUCGUAAGGAGACGAAGUGGAAUAAGAGGAAUUCAAUCUUGAAGUGCGUAAUCUGUGUGAUCCCAUUACUACUUGCCUUUUGUCUAUUGUGAGUUAUUUAAAUCCCAUUUUACAAACAACUUUAUCGAGGGCGGUACGCCUUAUAUUUAUCAGAUUUAUCUUGGUUUCAUCUUCUUAUAGCUUCUUUUUCAGUUUACCCAAGGUAGGAACAACUAACUUCGAUUGAUAAAGGCAUAUUCCUUCUUAUUAGGUCCCGAUGAAUAUUGUUCACAAGGUAAGUUUGAAAAUCACUACGUUUAUUCUUUUUCUUCAAUUCUCCACUAUAUAUAACAUCCCUUAUUGACGAUAGUGUAUUAAGUUCUCUACUCAUUGAAGUUUCAUACAUAUUUUUCACAACCUGUUUUGCAUCAAGGGACAAAUGAUUUCGAUACGACUUACAUAUUCUCGUAAAAUAACUUUUGCGAAGCCAAGGUUAAAAACAAUUAUUUAACAAUCUAGAAAUAUAACAGAAAGAAAGAAAUAUACCUGACUCACCCCUGCCUUGUCACUCGAGCAAGACUAAUUUCUUUGAUAAUGGCUUUACCCAAUAACAAUAGUAAUAACAUCAUUAAAGUUUUAUCGGGGAGGGUCCGUCGAAAGCCAACAAAAUGAAUAUUGAGACAGACGAUACUCUGUAUAACUAUCAAAAGUAAGACUGACGACAACUAACUAACUAACGACUAGCUAACCAACGACUAACUAACCAGAACUAAUCAACCUCUGGCGAACGUCUUCUCUCAGAAAUUCUAUUUUUUAACUGUGAUUUGCCUACUGAGCGCCCAACCACCUCUGCCUUGUUUUUCUGAUGGCAUCUCAUUUCUUUCCCAACUCCAACCCUAUUAAUUUCACCUCCCAUCUGGAGUAUCAACUGCACGGGAUAAUUUUCACUGAAAACUAGUAUACUUCUCCAGGACAACGGCAUCGUACGCAUUCUUCCUUUAUUUCCAAAAGAAUAUUUAUUGAACACCGGACAUAACUCAUAAUUCGCUAAUUUUCGCAGCAUUCCGGUUGCGAAGCAAGCACUCGAAAUAACCUUCACUCGAAUCAAUGGAAAUUCCGCGCAAAUAUCUCGCGAUUCGAAAAUAAUUUCGACGGGAAAGUUCAACCAAAUUGACAAUCUCAUUGAACCGACUACAAAAAUUGGAGCAAAUAAACAAACGAGCGAGCAUCGAGCCACUAGCCGUGAACCAGUGCCGAGUUUAAAUUAACAGGAAAAAAACUGGCGAACUCUCAGAACAACGGCUAAUCAAAACUACCGGACAUGCAAAUGGAAAAGUCCACUGCACGGCACCUGCAAAUCGGAUGGAAAUCAGCACAAGAAUAUAAUCGAGAAAAUAAAGGGAAAACUAACAUUGGAUUUUCUGGCAAUGCUACAAAUUCCGCCAGCCAGGGACGUACUGGUACUUUGACGUUUUGCAAAACUGUGACGUUCACGUCACAUAUCAUAUAUCGCUUUGCUUUUCUUGUGGGCACGUCUAGUCAGGACAUUUGCCUAUUACCGACAUCCGUCAAGAAAAUGUACAUAUUACAUAUACGCUGAUUUAAAUGCAGUAAUAAUUAUUAUCUGUUCCAACAAUGAACUUUAACCAAUAAAAAAAAAACGGCUUCCCUCCGCUUCCACCAAAGGCCAUCUGGGUCUAUCCGACCUCCAAGCGGCGUAGAUGAUCAAAACAGCAGGAGCAGCACCACUCAUACCUCAAAAACGUGCACACGACUCACAAAAAUCGAAAACCACUCAAUUCAAACCGACAUGAAAACUUUAGAGACGAAAACACCUUGAUAAAAUUCUUAAUUCAUUCUUUCAUUAAACACUCCCUAACUAAAAUUGUGUUUAUCAACUGAGCGUUUUCUGUUCUUUAAUUCAUACUAGUAGUUAUUCGUCUUUUUAUUUUAGUUAAUGAUAUGAUAGCUUUAAAUUUCGUAUCUCUGUAUUGAUGCACUUCACAGAAUUGGGUAGAUGGUUAACACAAUUUUUCAGGUGACGGGGUGCGAGUAUUAUAAUGUUAUUGUAUUGAUUGUAAAUAUUAGAUAUUCGUAAAUAUAGAUUACACACACAGUAAUUACGUACAAUUGCUCGAAUCUUCCUCUGUAUACAAAAAUUAUGCAAAUUCAUUUUUUCAUUGAUGUUAUGGUCCUCUUCAGAAUUUAAUUAUAAAUUUUUUUAUUAGAUGUACAAUCCCAAUAGACAAUCCUUAAGGCUUUUUGUUCUCAUCUACCUACCUGAUUGCAUAAAAUACCCUAGUUAAUUUUGUACAUAGAUGUUGAUUUAAAGGAAACUCCUAAAAUUGCUACAUAUAUAAUUGGAAAUCAAUGUGAGUUGAUUUUGUUCUGCUCAUUUUGCUGGUGUUAAUUGUUAGUUUAUUUUAAAUAAAACACCAACCUGUCUUGGUCUACAAUUGAUUGCAUUGUCCUUUCUAUAAGCUAUAUUGGCCACACAAUUGGUCCGUGUUGGUACGCGUAAGCACCGAUUACGUCACACCUCCCAAGUCAACCAAGUAGUUUUUUAGUCAAAUUUGGAAUACCAGUCGAUCGGACUACCGUCCGUAGUUCGCCGUGUACCGAUAAUCAGUAAAAUGGACGUUUUAAUGCCAAAGCAUUACGAUUUCAUUUGAACAGCAGCAAAAUUGGUUACCGGCAUACACUUGAAACGCAAUAAUCCCUUCGAAAAUCCAGGCCCGCAAAAUAAUUGCAACCUUUCGUUUUGAUACGUUAAUGCCGUUAUUAAAAUUAAUUAUUAUGUCUGACGGCGGGCCACCAGCGCUAAACAAGGAAAUUAGCGCUGUUUUAUUACUAGUAGGCAACUAAAAUUCAGAGGUAUUAUAACGGUUCAUUACUUUGUAACAUUUUGGCGCGGUUUAACGUCAUUUGGAAACCCCGCGGAUUAGUUAUCAAUUCCGCACUUGGAUCAAAUUCGCGACAAUGUUUUAUAUUGGUUAUGGCAGUAUUCCAGAGGACGUAUAGAAGCGAACUGGACAUGAUAACAACGUUACCAAAUGGUUAUCAAAGGUAACAACAACCUAACAAUGCGUGUUGAUGCGCUGAGGAAAGAUUAAAUCAAGCAAAGUUAAAGACAUUAGAAAAGUUCAUUUAACAUGAACCUUCCCCGGUGAUCAGAGAUCUGCAACAAAUGACCUCUGCUUAGCAUGGGAAGAUGUGAAAAAGAAACUAACAAAAUGAAUAAUAAAUUGGCGUAAGCAUUUAGCCUCUAUUGGAAUAAGAAAAAUUACGGCAACUCAGAUAGCUUGGGGUGACGCAUGCGCAAAAGAUCCAUACCUUCUUUACGAAAAUAUCAUAGCCACAUAGCACAUCAAUUUUUAGCCUAGUAGGGCGACCAUAUUAUCUUAUAGCUCUAUGGGCAUAUCCAAUGAAUGUCACCAGAAAGUAUUCCGAAACUAGUAAUGGAAUGGAGUCUCCAUGAAAAACGAAAACGAGAAUGACCGCUACCAGAAAGAGAGAAAGAACGCUAUGGACUGGAACUAAGGUUAGACGCAACUGUUUCGCAAUCAUCAAAAUUGAUUAAAAUUCAAUCAUAAAGCGGAAGUGUUAAACAAGAAAACGUGGAUUUGGAUUUUCUUGAGCAGUUGCUGGCAUUAUCUAUGUGCAUAACAGACCCAGGAGAAAUUAGAUCCGAUCAGAUCAGUAUUCAUGUCUUUAUAAUAGCCUCCAGUCCAUUUUAAUUGAAAUUCUGGUAAGCCAUCAGCGACAAAUCCAUUUUUGCUACCAAUGUUAUUAUUAUUAUUAUUGAUCUUUUAAUUAUUCCCAGCAUACUUUUAUUCCAGAGGCGUCGCGCUUUUUCAAUUUGGACAGUAUAUCCUUUAUUUCUCGUCGUCAUCAUCAGAUAAUUUUGUUUAUGUUGUUAUGUUUGUAGCGAAAAUUAAUCUCGCAUUAAAAGACCGAGGAGAGUCACGCAAAUCGCUAAAAAAUGACUGGGCAAUAAUAUUAUAUAAUAAUAAUGUCUACAAUGUUUCCGAAUUUGGUGUAAUUUAAUGUCUUUUAAUAUUUGUUCGAUACGGUAUAGACCCUGCAACAAAUUAAUAAUAAUAAUAAUAAUAAUUUAUUGACUUUGAGAACCCUACGAUUUGUUGUGUUUUUCAUGCAUUGAGGUUAAGUUUGUUAGCACGAAACCGAUCACUUGCCUCGGACUGUACCCCCUCCAUCCUGUGCACCAAGUCGUUCUCAGAAUGACUUGAAUAGAAGAGAUAAUGGAACCUUGAGGUACUCCAUGUUCAACAACUCUAAUUUGUGAUGAUUUUCCAUUCAGGACCAUGAUCUGAAUCCUGUUGAAAAGAUAACUUUGAAGGAAUCCAACCGAUGAGGGAUCCACACUAUACCACUGAAAUUUACUCAGAAGAACAGGAUGCCUUCAAAAGCUGCGUAAACCUGAUCAAGAACUCUACUAAUCGGUCCACAAGUCGAUCUAAAACGUCUAAACCCAAACUGGGCCUGAGACAACAAACGGUUGUCCUCGAAGAAUCUUUUCAAUAAUUUUACCGAUUUGUGGGGAUAAUAGAUAUUGGACGAUAAUUAUUUAUAUCAUUUACAUCGCCUUUCUUGAAAACUGGAAUCACUCUGGACAACUUCAAGGACUUGGGAAAAAUACCCUCGAAUAUACACCUGUUCGCCAGCUUGCUACGUUUGAAAAAUAUUCAUUAAAAUUGUCGGGAGUGAUACCCAGUCAAUGAAAAUUUGAUCCACUCUUGCGAUUCCUAUUGAUGUUGAUGACCUCCCAUGCUGCCUUAGAAGUGUUAUCAGGAAAUUUAGGAUUUUGUUUUUUGAUAUGCUGAAGAAGGUUUUGUAAUUCGUCGGUAUAGCAUUCGAUAUUUAAUUUAUUAUUUUUAACUUAUUCUUGAAGGGCAAAGCACAGUUAAUUUCGCUUAUGAAUAUAUCCAGAAAUGUACUGUAUUUUUGUUCAAUAUUCGUGUAGGAUACAAAAGACCAAUCACGUUUACCAAUGCCCAAAUAUAGAUUGUUUAAACCAACCUGAGUUAUAGGCCUAUGACGAACAGUCUGCGCCCUCUCAGUUGAAUUUGUUGGGCAAUAAAUCUCACACGUAACUGCACUGUGGUCAAACAAUACUCUGAUAAUCAAAAUUUAUAAAAAUGUUAUCCAAAUAGUUUUGCUGCCUGGUUGGGAUAUCAAUUCGAACUUCAAGGCCAUGGAAGAGCGUAAAAUCCAAGAAGUCACGUUUAUUCAUUUUGUCUUUGUAAUUUUUAACAUUUUCUUGAAAAUGGACAUUAAAGUCCAAAAGCAAAGCAACUUUAACUUUUAAACUUUUAAAAUACUAGUGACAACAAUUAAUUUAAUAAUUUUAAUUUUUAAUUUAAUUUAUUAAUGUUUAUUUAUUUAUUUAUUAAUAUUUAUUCAUAUUUAUUUUAUCUGCAUGCUGGAAAAUAUAAAUUUUGCCUGAUAACUUUCACUAAAGAAAUCUUUACCGUAUUUGCAAUAAUUGGGGAGCUUCACUCAAAUUCAGACAUCUUCAUAUUUUACAUAAAAUGUACAUCGAAGAGAUUUAAAAUUUUAUCGGCAAGUUCUAUAUAAUUCAUUUUUAAUUUAAUAAUGUUUAAUCCAAUAUCAAAAUGUUUUUCUCCAAAUCAAUUUAUAAAAACUGGUUUUAAGUGAACGCUCCUAAAUUGUUGUUGAUGGAAUUCAUGACAAUUAAAUAUAAUUAAAUUAUAAUUAAUUUGACUUUGGUAUAUCAGUAAAGGAUUCGUGGGGUUUUUAAUAUAUUUAAUUAAAAUUCUCUAAUACAAGUUUGACUUCGUACUGAUAUAUAGUAAAGUCUUUUAAUUUUAGAAUUUUAAAAUUGCUACCAAAGAAUAAAAUCCCAAAUAGUGCGCUUGUUAUCGGCGAGCCGAUCCUGGAAAGUAAAUUUAAUUUUAAUGCGAAACAUUUUCCCAAAAAGUGCACAGUCCGCCGCUAUACACGGUUUGAUUCCAUUAUUCGGUCAUAAAUCUUGUUUUAAAUAAUACGGACGGCGGAGUUUUGUUGCGAAAAAUCGGAUUAACUGUAGAUCUUAAAAUGUGAUUAAUGCAAUUUUAACGACAAUAUAAGUCCAUCGCGACUCACAAUUCUAACGGACAGCGGCCCCGGAUUGUGUGAUAAAUUACUUUUGCCCGUUAAAAAUUUGAAAAUUAAAAAAUACCCGGAGCUUACGAGAACGUCGAUAUUUUCCGGGCAAGUAUACUAAAUUUGUUCGGCCCGAGAAAAACGCCACAACGUUGUUACCGAAAAUAACUUUUUAAUCGAAGUUGAACAAAUAUUUUUGCCCAAAACGGCGCGCGGAUUUGCUAAAAUCAUGGCGGUGUUGUUUGAUCGAUAGUGCAAAUGAAAACGGCGGCUUAAUACGCGAUUAGCGAUGGAGGUAAUGGAAGAUGGCAAUUUAAUGGACAAAGUCAACAUACUUAUUCAGAGAGAUAUGGAGUAUUACAAGGUGUGUUCGAGAUAUUUAACGACAUGUUAAAUUCACUUGUUUAAAUGUCAGCGCUGUAAAUCUAUGCCGCUUAGGCCGUAGCUAUUUCAAUAUGUCGAUUCUAAAAAAUGAGUUAGUGGAUCUCUGUGAUUUUAAAAUUAGAAAAUUUUUAUAGUUUAGGUAAUAAUUCAAACACCAGUAAAAUAUAGUUUGAGAAUAACAACACUAAAAUUCGCCACAGUAGCAAUAUUUUUAUUUGCGAUUGUUAUACGUCAUUGAAUGCGAUUUACUUAAAGCUGAAUAUGAUUUAUUCAAUUGGAAAUAAAGUAAACACAAUUAAGUGGUAUUAUGGAAACAGUCUUAGAGCAGUGUACGAAAUGUUUCCAGUUUAUUUUCCUGCUAAAACUAUACCUUCAAUUUCAUCAAUAAAACAUAUUAUUACCCAAUUCGAGUAGAAAGUCACCGGAAUAAAUAACGGCAAAUCUUCAGCUUAAUAGUAGAGCAGAAGAAAGAGAGAAUAGAAAUUUGAACAUUUAGAGGAAAACAAAAUGAUUAGUACCAGAAUCCUUGGAAAAGUAUUUUUCAAAAAAAGCACUCAGGUAUUGCAGCUAAGAAAAUGAAUAUCGUUUUGUUCAUACUCAAAAAAUAAGUGUCAUGGUGGAAAUUUCCAGAUAUCAUAUUAUUCGGAAAUUUUUUGUAGUUCAUAACCUCACGGCAGAAAUCUAUUUGGACUUAUUACAAAAUAAAAUUGAACCCGCAUUACACGGAUCCAUCUGCUACCAGAUGGAUUGUUGUCCCGCCCAUAAUUCCCAUACGGUUAGGGAGUUUCUAGGAAAUACUUUUAAAGGCCUAAAGUGCCGAAUAAUUUGGGCCCCAGGUCACCUGACCUCCCACCGAACGACUUCUUUCUGUGGGGUCGCUUGAAAAUUGUUAUCUAUAAAAAUGUUAAAUUUGAAAAUCUUAACCAGUUACAAAAUUCAAUUUCCUUAGAAUGCAUUUCUCAAUAUUAACUAAGCAUUGUUAGAAAUGAAAUUUAUGAUCCCUUAGUAUAUUGUUUGACUGCUAAUUGAGGGUUGUUUCAACAUUUACUUAAAAAAUAAUGUUUAUUUUAAAUAAUACUUAUUUUUAUCAUUUUUUUUUUAAUAAAAGACUUGAGGGUCAAUAUUAUAGUCAUUCUUUAAAGCUUCCUUGUCGCUUAAACUGUUCCUUAAAUGAAAUUCAUUCAGACAAGGAGGUCUUAAAAACCGAGUACGAGUUUGUUCCUAAGAAAAACAUAACGACAUACCUACAUACUUAGUUUAUUUUCAAGUCUUUAUUGUAAACCAACCUUCAUUUGUAUAUAAAAAAUUAUAAUUGAAAAAUAAAAAAUAGAUAUACUUUCGCUUAAACAAAUACCUAUCAAUACCCUAUAGUUUUAAGAUAAUAGAAAAGUAUGUUUAAGUUUGAUUUUCAAAUUAAAUGAUUAUUAUAAUCUACAAUUAACAAUUCACAAUGUUUAAAGAAAAACUGGUAAGUAUUACUUAAAAACAUAUAUGCAUAUGGAUUAUAUUUCAUUUUGUGGAUUUGCGUCCACUAACGGAAACUCGAGCGGUGAACCGCAAAGGUGUAUACUAUGAAUUCCAAAUAAUUCCGAGAAAUUCCGAGAAGAAUUCCAAGGAAUUUCAAAUACAAAUGAAAUAACGCAUCGCUCUGUGAUUUGCCACCUUUUUUCCAUACGCAUAACGUUUUAUUUCUCAGAGCAAACAAUCGGUUUUGCAAGAAACGAUUUGUCCGGGAAUCAUCGGGGGUCGAUUGGAUUUUCCGCGGUCCGCUUCGUUCGCAGCGGUAAAACUGGUAACCUGGUGGGAAGACGAGUACAUUGCUGCUUUUAGAAGACCAUCAGGAUUCAUGCAAAAGAACGACGAAACGUCCCGAGACAGCAUGCAAGCCUCCGGAGGCUGCGGAGGAAUCGUGCGGUCAUCAGACCCUUCGAAGUUUGUUAGUCUCAUUGGCAAAUCUUCCGAUCAGCUGAUGGAACACCUUCACGUUCUCACCCAGGAAGCGUUGGAUCACGCCGAUUUAUCAGUUCUCACUGGCACGAUCGGCGCGGCAGCCAUCUUGAAAAAUUGUCUGUGGUUUUACAUUCAGAUAAUAAACGAAAUUAAAAACGCGUCCCUAGAACCUCUCCAAAAUGGGUACAAAAAAUACGAAGAAAUGUGCGAAGCAUUGGCCGAGAGGCUUUUGGAUCUUCACUGCAGGUUGCUAUCACUUUACAUCCUCCAGGACGCCGACUGUUUGGACUGGGAGAGCGAGAAGCCCUUUUUUGAGUCGGAGAGGGGCUCCUACAUAGUUCAAAUGUGGUGGUUAUACAUGCAGGGGACCAGGGAAGACUUGUGGAACACCGUUCCACCGAAAAUGGCCCAAAGGGUAUUCGCCGGAAUGCUGAACGAAUCUUUAACCAUACUGACGGUUAGAUACACUCAGAGUUCACCGUCGGAGGCCAGAAGUCAUUUACUUCUAGUCGACGUGAGCAAUUUACUAUUAUGUGUCGCUCAAUUGCUUCCCUCCAUCUGCGACACUACUGAAGAAUUUAUAGGCUUCUCCUUAAAUAAUAGAACCAACAUCCUGAGAGAUAUACACACCAAAUGUCAAGAUUUGUUUUAUUGUUUUCUCGUGAGAGGAGCUUCGCUGGAUACUCUUCACAAGCUGGUUCGAAACGGCAUUGAGAAUAUCGAAAUAUGUAAAACUAGAAGCAAAGGUCCUAUGCCGUGGACGAUAUUCGCUCUGCCUGGUAUUUUCAAGAACCUGAAACAUCGGAUAGAAACCUUAGACGAUCUAGACGACAGUACUUCCAUCUCUCUUGAACUCACUGUCCUUCUUGCUCAGCCACAACCAAAUUGGGCGCUGUUAUUGAGGGUAACUAAAAUUAGACCUCUAAAUUUGCAAUUAACUCAUAUUCCGUUUGAGGUGGUUUGCAACAAAAACUUCAAAGUUUUACAACAUCUAAUACAAGCUUUCUUCGACAACUUGAACACUGAAUUGCCGAAAGCAAAUCAUAAACCGACCGAUUGCAACGGGUUCCUAUGUCCUGGCGAUGGAAGCUGCAAAAACGUUGACUCAUCAUCUCCUAUUCUUAACGAUGUCCACUACUACGACCUCAUACGCUCCCUAACUGAUAUAAUAUUAUAUAUAGGCAGCGAUGCCGAACUAAACGACAUCUUAAUCAGUACGAUCACCAAACAACGUUGUUGGUCAAAAUGUCUCGACAGGAGACAAGUUUGGAACCAGAACCGUUUACCGUGGUUUGACGCAUUGCUCGAUUUAGUAUGUCCGUUGGUACCACUAGUCAGAGACUCAGUCGUUAAUGCCUUGCAAACUGGGGCUACGAUGUACCAAGCGAUGUCUCUUAUUCUGGCUUGCCUCAGUCAAUAUUGGGAUGUCGUUAACCCAUGUUUGCCCAGGAUCGCCACCCUUUUACAAGAAGUCAUACCUACCGAGACCAUACCUUUAGCUAAUUCGGUCCUCAUGCAAAUUUUAAUUAGCGCACUCUACACCAGCUUGAUUGACGUUGUUAACGAACCAAGGAGAGUAUCUUUUGAAGAUACAGCUUCAGUUUCUUCGGCGAACAGAAAUGAAGCUGCGUGUUCAAGCUCACUCGCUGCGGUAGCACUGGCGGCCGCCGAAGCUCUCUGCAGUAUAGACGAAGACAACAAACAUACCGACCAAAUUGACGAGUUCUUAGAUGAAGUAAAAUCGAGAAAAGAUUUUGAUAUAUUUAUCGGGGAAGGACAUCGCAGGAUCGACAAAAAUCCUCAGAUCGGAGAGCUGCUGGUCAGCGAAUUGCUUCUGACGGCAGAAGGGAAACACAGUCUGAAGGUAGUAUAUCAUUUUAUUAAAAACAACAGUGAGUGGCUGUUCAGUAAGCUAGGCGUCGCUCAGGCGAGGAAUGUUGUUAAACCUAACCAAGUUAUAGCUCCUCCUCAGUUAAUUCUGCACAAAAUGUUUCUGAUCGGUUCCAGUUCAUUCGACCAGCUAUUGACAGGUGAACUGAAACCGAACUGGCAGGUUUUGCUUCAGACUCCCAUGGGUUUAAGUCCGGAAAGAUUGUGGAUGCAAAUGUCGCUGCGAUGGGAAUUCAGAGACGCAAAUUCGGGCAAGCUUGCUUUACACGAUGUACAGAUAAUCGAUCAGAUAACGUCGAUUUUAAAACAAUAG